CACCUUCACUCUCUCACCUCCGAAUUCCACUGCUUUCUGUGGUGAGGCUAUAUAUAUACAUGAUACUGAAUCUAAAAAAUUCGAUUCUUGAAGUGGGUUUUUUUUUUCUUUGUUUUUUUUAUGUGUGUGAAUGAAUUGGGUUUUGAGAUAGAAAGAAAUUAGAUAAUCAUUAUUUUCCUCCUAAUGGUUCAAGAGCUUAUUAUUGGUUCUAAUGAAGCUAUGUUCAAUGGCGGUUUCUUUGAUUCUUCUGAACAAUUUCAUAACUCAGUACUAGAUCCAAUAACCAAUAAUAAUGUUGUUUCUGGAUUUCCGAGCACUGAUUUCAAGAGAAUCAAACUUUCCUCGGAGUCCAAUCAGCAGGAAUUGGAUUUUCACACUUGUGGAGAAGCAAGUCCUCUUGGUUUGACAUUGAAGAAGACACCAUCUUUUCUCAACUUGGUAGAGAUGACCUUAUCUCACUCAAGGAGCAAAAACUGCUCAACUGGGACACAUCACACAUCGUCGAUUCAAGAACGUUGUCGAGCAAAGAAGGAUGAUUUUGUGUAUCAACCGAUGUAUGAGAAGUUGAAGGCCUCAAACUUCCCUGCAUUGUUGCUCAAAAUUGGCUCGUGGGAGAGAAAAUCUUUGCACGAAGGCAAUUUGGUAGCAAAGUGUUAUUAUGCCAAGAAAAAAAUUGUGUGGGAAGUUUUAGAGGGGGCUUUGAAGAGUAAGAUUGAAAUACAAUGGUCUGAUAUUGAAGCGAUUAGAGCCAUUAUUCGCGAUGAUGAGCCGGGAAUUUUGGAAAUUGAGUUAAACCAACAACCUCAGUUCUUCAGAGAGACAAAUCCGCAGCCACGGAAGCAUACACUUUGGCAACAGGCAAUGGACUUUACUGGAGGUCAAGCUGCUAUUUACAGGAGACAUUACAUCAAAUUUCCUCCAAGAACGCUUGACAAACACUAUGAGAAACUUUUGCAAUGCGACAAACGAUUGUUAGAACUCAGCCAAAAACCUUUCCCAAGGAUGGAAACUCCUUAUUUCUACUCAAACAUCUAUGAGGUUACCGACAUCCCUUUUGAUUUCACUGUGCGUCGAUCACAAGUCCCUCCCACAUUGCAACAUUCUUUUUCAACUAUCCCUAGAUCUUUAGUUCCUCCUCAUCCGAUUCAAAAUUUCAAGCUAACAACCAGACAACCCUUUGGUAUUAUGGACUCAAAUUCACCAAUGUCAGAUGACAACGUUAAUGGCUACACGUUUGAUAAUCGACGGAUGGUGCAUUGGGGUCAACAAGGAAACAAUGUCGAAAAUGUUUUAGCAAGGGAAGAUCAAAUACAAGCCAAUGCCAAUGCUGCCUUUUCUAGUCAAGGAUAUCCAAACACUGGGUUACUUGGUGACCUCGAAAACCAUUUGCUAGGUGACUCACAAAAUGUAUGCUCCAAUGAGAGAACGCUCCUUGCCAGAGUGAGUUCAAUGUGUUCAUUGCUCGAUCCAUUUGAGGUGGCAAAUCCCCAAAACAACAAUUCCAUGAAUCAAUCGGAGUAUAAACAAGGAAAAUUUAGCGAUGAUCACCUAAUUUUGGGUACAACCGAGCAUUCUGGAGUAGAUGGCGGGCUAUGCUACCCACAACCCAUUUGUUGCUUGGCUCCACGAGUUUCUGACGAGAGCCAUAUGAUGCAUCUUCCGAGGGACAAUUCAUCGUAUCCGUACGAUUUCUAUCAUCCCGAGGUGAAUGAUUAUGGAUUUGUUGACACUGGCCACGGGGUCCACCAAUAGGCGUGAUGUGGUGGCAAAAAUGAGGAAAGUCGUGGAUGUAGCAAGGGGAUGUGUGAGCUAAUGUUAUUACACCAUCACUUGUUUGUUUCAUGAGUACACAUUUUGUAUAUAGGCAAUGAAAAUAAUCCCCCAAUUUUAUCUAGUGAAUAGGGUUUCAGUUUUUUUUUUUUUUUU